GGCGCUGGAAAGCCCACCUUCUUUGUCUGCCACAAACUGUCCAUCACGGUGCCUAGGAGACUGUUUCUUCCCUAAUACUGCAGAGCCCUCCUGUAACAGCCAAUCCCAGCGCAGGAAGUGGGCAGGUUUUUCUCUGUCACUAUCCCCUGUAUGGAAAAAGCCUCUGCAUCUUUUUUUGCUUGGUUGUGGGAGAGGAGGAAGAAGCAGCCUUCCUGCAGUUUAGACGCUUUUCGUGCAAGGGAAGGGGAACAAAACAAAACAAAAACCCAGCCUUUAAAUCGUUCAUGCCAGAGUUGUGUUUGUGUCCUGACUGCUUUGGUGUUCAGCAAAAACCGUUUAAUUAUUUUACUUAAUCAGACAGGAUGAUAGCUGCCCAGCUUCUGGCCUAUUUCUUCACAGAAUUGAAGGAUGAUCAGAUCAAAAAGAUUGAUAAAUAUCUUUAUUCCAUGCGGCUCUCUGAUGAAACGCUGGUGGAUAUCAUGGCUCGCUUCAGGAGAGAGAUGCAAAAUGGUCUUUCUAGAGACUUCAAUCCAACAGCCACAAUAAAAAUGCUUCCUACAUUUGUAAGGUCAAUUCCUGAUGGCUCAGAGAAAGGAGAUUUCAUUGCAUUGGAUCUUGGCGGAUCUUAUUUUCGAAUUCUGCGAGUAAAGGUCUCUCAUGAGAAAAAGCAGACAGUACAAAUGGAAACUGAGGUUUAUGACACACCAGAAGAUAUCAUGCAUGGCAGUGGAACCCGGCUCUUUGAUCAUGUUGCUGAAUGCCUGGGAGAUUUCAUGGAGAAGCAAGAAAUCAAGGACAAGAAAUUGCCAGUUGGGUUUACAUUUUCUUUCCCAUGUAGACAAUCCAAGCUAGAUGAGGGUAUUCUGAUAACCUGGACAAAACGCUUCAAAGCAAGUGGAGUUGAGGGAGCAGAUGUAGUAAAGCUGCUCAACAAGGCAAUCAAGAAACGUGGGGACUAUGAUGCAGACAUCAUGGCUGUUGUAAAUGACACAGUAGGAACAAUGAUGACCUGUGGAUUUGAUGACCAGCGUUGUGAAGUUGGCUUGAUUAUAGGUACUGGCACAAAUGCCUGCUACAUGGAAGAAAUGAGGCAUAUUGAUUUGGUGGAAGGUGAUGAGGGGAGGAUGUGCAUUAACACUGAGUGGGGAGCCUUUGGAGAUGAUGGGUCACUAGAAGACAUCAGAACUGAGUUUGACAGGGAGAUUGACCGUGGAUCCCUCAAUCCUGGAAAACAACUGUUCGAGAAGAUGGUCAGCGGACUGUACAUGGGUGAGCUGGUCAGGCUUAUCCUUGUAAAAAUGGCCAAAGAGGGGCUACUGUUUGAGGGGCGAAUCACUCCAGAGCUUUUAACCAAAGGAAAAUUUGAAACAAAACAUGUAUCUGCCAUAGAAAAAAGCAAAGAAGGUCUGAAUAAAGCCAAAGAAAUUUUGACACGUCUUGGGGUAGAACCAUCCCAUGAAGACUGCAUUGCUGUCCAUCACGUCUGUACAAUUGUUUCAUUCCGUUCUGCUAAUCUGGUGGCUAGUACUCUGGGUGCGAUUCUGAAUCAAUUGCGUGAUAAUAAAGGAGUAACCAGGCUGCGCACCACGGUGGGUGUGGAUGGUUCCCUUUACAAGAUGCAUCCACAAUAUGCCAGACGCUUGCAGAAAACAACGAGGCGAUUAGUUCCUGACUCUGACGUGCGAUUCCUUCUGUCUGAGAGUGGCAGUGGAAAGGGUGCUGCAAUGGUCACAGCAGUAGCAUACAGGUUAUCCGAGCAGCACAGGCUGAUAGAUGAGACUCUGGCUGAAUUCAAGCUUACUCACGAGCAGCUGUUGCAGGUUAAAAGAAGGAUGCGAACAGAAAUAGAAGCUGGGCUGAGGAAGAAAACUCAUGAAAAUGCAAAAGUCAAAAUGCUGCCUACCUUUGUUCGCAGCACACCAGAUGGAACAGAGAAUGGAGACUUUCUGGCUCUCGAUUUGGGAGGAACAAACUUCAGAGUUUUGCUUGUGAAGAUCCGUAGUGGUAAAAGGAGAACAGUUGAAAUGCACAAUAAAAUAUAUGCUAUUCCUAUAGAGGUCAUGCAGGGUACUGGAGAAGAACUGUUUGAUCACAUUGUUAGCUGUAUCUCAGACUUCCUGGAUUACAUGGGAAUAAAAGGCGCACGACUUCCCCUUGGCUUUACGUUUUCCUUCCCUUGCAAGCAGACCAGUUUAGAUGCUGGUAUCCUCCUCAACUGGACCAAAGGCUUUAAAGCUACUGAUUGUGAAGGAGAGGAUGUAGUGUAUUUGCUUAGGGAAGGAAUUAGAAGGAGAGAGGAAUUUGACUUAGAUGUUGUGGCAGUGGUGAAUGAUACAGUAGGCACUAUGAUGACUUGUGCAUAUGAAGAUCCAAAUUGUGAAAUAGGACUCAUUGUGGGCACUGGCAGCAAUGCAUGUUACAUGGAGGAAAUGAGAAAUGUAGAGAUGGUAGAGGGAGAUCAAGGACGAAUGUGUGUGAACAUGGAAUGGGGUGCGUUUGGAGACAAUGGAUGCCUGGAUGACAUCAGAACAAUUUAUGACAAAGCUGUCGAUGAUUAUUCGUUAAAUUCUGGAAAACAAAGGUAUGAGAAAAUGAUUAGUGGAAUGUACCUGGGAGAAAUCGUUCGCAAUAUUUUGAUUGACUUCACUAAAAGGGGAUUCCUGUUUAGAGGUCAAAUUUCAGAGUCACUGAAGACCAGAGGUAUCUUUGAAACCAAGUUCCUUUCACAGAUUGAGAGUGACAGGUUAGCAUUGCUUCAGGUACGAACAAUCCUCCAGCAGCUGGGCUUGAACGGUACCUGUGAUGACAGUAUAAUUGUAAAGACGGUUUGUGGAGCAGUAUCGAGAAGAGCAGCUCAGGUGUGUGGAGCUGGAAUGGCUGCGGUUGUAGAUAAAAUAAGAGAGAACAGAGGAUUAGACCACCUGGAAGUAACAGUUGGUGUAGAUGGGACUCUGUAUAAACUACAUCCACACUUUUCAAGGAUCAUGCACCAAACAGUAAAGGAUCUCGCACCGAAAUGCAAUGUGACAUUCCUCCUUUCAGAAGAUGGCAGUGGGAAAGGGGCAGCUCUCAUCACUGCUGUGGGAUGUAGACUGCGUGAUGCUGAGCAAAACUAAACUCCAGAACACUGGCUUUAAUUCUGCCUUUCGAGCACUUUCUUAUAAAGCUGCGACUCUGUAGUCUGAACUGGUAGAAGACCAGAAUUCACUGCUUUAUUGAAAAGUACAACUAAUGACAUAAAAAAUAGGAUUCAAAAUAGAGUGUGUGCUAUUGAUAAUAUCCAUCUCCGGACCCCCAAUCUGCAUGUUUCUUUUCCACCUGGUUGGUACAUACAUUCCCCAUCUCUAGGUCAUGAAAAUCAGUUUAUUAUUUAUUCAGCUGUCAAAAUAAGUUAUUGUUUGAGAUAAAAUUACAGCCAAACGAUAUACAUUAAUGAGAGUUACUGUUACUUUGUAUGAAAUGUAUUCUCUCCAGCAGAUACUACGUCCAUGUUAAAUGCACCACUGAUAUGCUGAACAUAAAAUCAAGGUGUUUAUGCUUAUAGAAGCAGAAGUAGUAAUUCCCUCCUGCGUUUCUGCCUAAUGUUGUUUCACUUAAAAUGACUCUGGAAAUAUUAGUGUGUCAGCACUGGGUGCUCAUGUAACUCUAUAGUGGGAUUUAGAAUACGACCUAUUUGCCUCCUCAGUUCAUGUUUUAUUACAGUAAAAGUAAAUGGCUCUGUCCCAAAAAUCUGGUAUCAUUGGCAUUUCUCAUUGCUUUUGUGAAUAGUGGUGUGUUACCAAGUACAAUAUGUAUUGUUUAAAGAGGAAAAUCUUUACUAGUAAAACCAAGUGAUUGAUUGGGGUAAUCCAAAUCUCUGGACAUGGGAAAUCUGCCAUCUUUAGCAGAUUUUGCUUUAUUCUUCAGAGUCUAAGAUUUCUUGUAAAAGUUUUCUAUCCUUUUUUUUAACUAAAUAAAUCAGCACACUGCCGCUGUUUUGCUGAGUCUGUAGCUAAACAGACUGGAACAGCAUCAUACAGAAGUGUAAAAUUCCCCCUCUUACUUUAAAGAGUUUUUUUUUUGUUUUGUUUCAAAGCAAGUUUUAAUGUUUAAACACUUUCUCAAAACACAAAAUAAUACCAGGGUCUCGCUUUGGUUUGGAUGUUAAGGACCCAAGUGCGUAAAACAAAUAAACCACAAAAACAAUGCCAGGCCCAGUUAUUCCAUGGACUUAAACAACUACGACAGAUUAUAUACAUACUGAGUAUCCCUUCCUAUGCUGAAUCGAUUCUGUCAUUGUAAGUAUUUAGCACAUCUAUUUUUUUUAAACCGAGAAGCAAGUUAAGCCAGUCUACAUUAAAUAACUUUUGCAUGUCACACUUUUCUCCUGCAAAAAAAGGAGUGUCUUUUGUAGUUAUUUCCUCCUUUUCUACCAGAAAUGAAUUGAGGUCUCUGCAUGGUUUUUUUUCCUGCAGAAAAUCUGGAUAUGCAGUUUGCUGUUCCCUCUUCUUGUGUCACCCCCAGGAUUUGGAUUGCCCUAGUUAUUGAUAACAUUUCAGUAUGCAUUAUGAUGCACUGUGAUUGACUGUUGUAAGGUAACAUGUGAGUCACAAACAAUACUUGCAGCUUUGUGUGUGUGUGUCUACCUGAAGAAUUGCAUGCCUAACUGGUUUUGCAAAGGUAGAAAGUCUUUUUACUUUGCACACUAGUAAUAGUUAUACUAGUGUUAAGUGAUAUUUGUGAAAAUAUUAAACUUUUUUUGAUGUGUGUUAACUGGUGUCCCGUGAUUCUUUCUGGAAGAGGCUCUGUUGGAUAAUGGCUUAGUACUUUGUAAAGCUCUGCUGUUUUAUAAAGCUAUAAAACCUAAUCACAGCAGUGUCAGGGUUUUUUUUAUUCCUAUGUACUCUAUUACUAAGAAGGAGUCCACAGGCAUGACAAAGACUUGACCUAUUGUACUAAAGCAAACCUGCUUAGAAAUACAUUUGGCCAGCUGUUCAGUCCAGGGUACGAUAGAUGCGCCUCUGCAAAACUGCACAUACUCUUAUGGAGUCCACGCCCUCCUUGUUUGUUUUUUUGUUUUUUUGUGCGCACCAUCUGACAUUUGUACACCCACAUAUGUCAGGUAACUACACACAUCCACUAGUUUGCAUAUGCAGUUACCUGAUUUGUAUGUUGAAAUGUCAGUUUCUGUGCACAAAUGUUGUGCUCUCGGAGGUGUGCCAAUUGUGCAUCUAGCUGAAACUACUACUCAUAAUCUCUGCACAGCCGUCAGCCUGCCAAGGCCCAGAUAUGCAUCUGUAAUCCAAAAUGAUAGACAAAAUAAAGUGAGAAGCUUGCUAUGCUGAACAAGGUUUUUGUUUGCUUGUUAGUGUAACUUACAUUUUCUAUCAUUUUAAUUGCACGAAUCUUAUUUAUGAUGUCAGCAAUCUUUUGGAGAUGGCUUGAGCCAUAAAAUUUGGAUCUGACUUUUGAGCACUAGUAAAUUUAGGUCUGUUUGAAUCUGAGAAUUUGGCUCAGUAUAGAGAGACUGAAUGGCAGCAAAAUUCAAAUCUGGAUCUAAGUUUAGAUUGUGAAACCUCUUCCCACUAAAUUUGGAGGUGCUUGGAUAUGUGGAUGUUUGGUUGGGCCAAUCUUCCUAAUUUAUAAUAAAUGAAAAGGGGAUGACAAUAAGCAUGGAGGUGGCUUUGUGUUUAUAACAGUGGAACUUUCUCUGUCAUGGAGGAUAGUUGCCGUGAGAUGAGAAGCCCUAGUUCUUUUCGAAGCAGGAGAUAGACGUAUGCAGGACUUUAAUCUCUAAACAGCUUCUUACCCAUGAGAAGUGUGUUAAGAAUGAAGUGCAGGUCUUGAUUGUGUUUUAAAAAAUGUCUUAAAUUCCAUGUUGACCAAGCAGUAAUUGAGAUGUCUUACAAUGCAUUAUUUAAAGGUUUGUGGCUUGAAUAAAACUAUGAUCCUUGCUUUGUAAGAUGUUUAUUUAAAAAUUAUCAUAUAAACCUUAUUUCAUGGAAAAAGUGUCAUUUACAUACCUAUGUUAUGCUGUCAUCUGCUCAUACUGAGUUGAGGAUCCUUUAGUGUUUCUCUUACAAUGGUCUCAUCGUCAUUUUAAUGUUUUAAAACAAGCAAUUUUUGUUCUUUUUAAAUUAGCAGAAGGUAAAAAUAAAGAUUUUCCUAAUUUCUGAAACUA